AUGUCUGACUCAGAGUCAGACGAGACAAAGCUUCCAAGACAUUUCUACCGAGUGUUUGAUGAGGAGUCUCGUUCCCAGUACAGUCACACCAGGGGCUUUGUGUCCAGCAUACCUCAUGCUGUCUACGACCCCGACCAUCGGAAUGCCCGGCGUGAAUUAGAACGGCAUAUGGAUUGGAGCAAUCGACGUCAGACUCCCUUUAUAUCUGUGACAGCCUCACGCGGAAAGGCUCUCGAAUUUGCUUUGAAUCUAGUGGAGAGGGGGAGUCGCAAUGUCUCAAUUGCAAAGAUCUGCAGCUUGCAGCUCCAACAAUCAGGCAUCUCCUUACAUUUGGUGACGACGAUGAAGACUAAGGAAUGCAUCAAUCAGCGUAGAUUCUCUAACGUGUAUAUGGAGAACAAAAGAGCUCGGAAUGGCUGCUUCGGCAAGUCUCAAACCCAAAUGAGUGCCCAUCAGGAGGACGACCGUCAAAUUGAGGUAUGGAGUGUCAAUCUAGCCGUACUUUCUCUCACCUUUGCAGAAUGGACGACCCCUACGUCGCAGGGUUGUUUGCGAGUUACUGCACAAGGUUUCCUCAAAGUGCUCGACAGAUCCCCUAAGAAACUCCAGGCAGAAAAGUAUUCCAAUCAAUGCAUGCGAAUUUCUCUUGCAUUGACUGGGACACUUUCCUACUCGGCAUUGAUCAGCAAGCAGAUUCUCUACCGCAGCAUGAGUCAUGAUACAAGCGAGUUAAUAGACCAUAUCUUACCUCAGUCAAGCGCCUGGAACGCAGACGUCUGGGGUAUGUAG